AAGCGACGGAGACCCCCAUCCGGAAGGGGCGGGGCACGGUGUCGGAAGCAGCCAAUGGGCGGCAGGGAGGCGGGGCCUCCGUGGGAGCUGCCGCGGGAACUGUCUCGAGUCGGGGAGGCGGGUCGGGUUCUGGAUCCAUGGAGCUAGCGGAGGGGCCGAGCACAGAACUUGCUAAGGCCAUCAAACCUAUCGAUCGGAAGUCAGUCCAUCAGAUUUGUUCUGGACAAGUAGUACUCAGUUUAAGUACUGCUGUGAAGGAGUUGGUUGAAAAUAGCGUGGAUGCUGGAGCCACUACUAUUGAUCUUAGGCUUAAAGACUAUGGGGUGGCGCUCAUUGAAGUUUCAGACAAUGGAUGUGGGGUAGAAGAAGACAACUUUGAAGGCUUAACUCUGAAACAUCACACUUCUAAGAUUCAAGACUUUGCUGACCUAACUCAGGUUGAAACUUUCGGCUUUCGGGGAGAAGCCCUGAGCUCACUCUGUGCACUGAGCGAUGUGACUAUUUCUACCUGCCACACAUCCGCGAAGGUUGGGACUCGACUGGUGUUUGAUCACAAUGGGAAGAUCGUCCAGAAAACCCACCACCCACGCCCCAGAGGGACGACUGUCAGUGUGCAGCAGCUGUUUCACACACUUCCUGUACGUCAUAAGGAGUUUCAAAGGAAUAUUAAAAAGGAGUACGCCAAAAUGGUCCAGGUCUUGCACGCGUACUGUAUCAUUUCGGCGGGCAUCCGUGUCAGUUGCAGCAAUCAGAUGGGACCAGGGAGACGCCAGCCGGUGGUCUGCACCAGCGGGAGCCGCAGCGUAAAGGAGAACAUUGCCUCGGUGUUCGGGCACAAACAGCUGCAAAGCCUCAUUCCCUUUGUUCAGCUGCCCCCUAGUGACUCCGUUUGUGAAGAGUUCGGGCUGAGCCAAGCUGACGCUCUCCGCACCCUCUUUCACAUCUCAGGCUUCAUCUCUUAUUGUGCUCAUGGUGUUGGAAGAAGUUCAACAGACAGACAGUUUUUCUUCAUCAAUGGGCGGCCUUGUGACCCAGCAAAGGUCUCCAGGCUCGUGAACGAGGUCUAUCACAUGUAUAAUCGACAUCAGUAUCCAUUUGUCGUUCUUAAUAUUUCUGUUGAUUCAGAAUGUGUUGAUAUCAACGUCACUCCAGAUAAAAGGCAAAUUUUACUGCAAGAAGAGAAGCUUCUGUUGGCGAUUUUAAAGACGUCUUUGGUAGGAAUGUUUGACAGCGACGUCAACAAACUCAGUGUCUCUCAGCAGCCGUUGUUGGAUGUGGAAGGUCACUUAAUAAAAACGCACUCGGCAGAAACGGAUAAGCGUCAGCCAGAAAAGCAGGAUGGUGCCACUUCGCUAAGGACCGGAGGAGAAGAGAAAAGGGCAGUGACCAUUUCCAGACUGAGAGAGACCUUUUCUCUUCGGCACACAGCAGAGAGCAGGCCUCAGGGUCCGAAGAGCCCUGAACUGCGGCAGGUGUCCCCAAGACAGAAGAGACAAGAACGGCUUCCUGGAGCUUCGGACCCCCCCUGCACCCAGAAGCCCAUCCCUGGCACAGACUCGUGCGAACCCCAGGAGGAGCUGAUGUGUUCAGAAAAGGGCCCCUGUGACCGCAGGGACAGAGGGGACACAGAGCAGGACCUUGGGCACAGCUGCCUGCCAGCCGACCAGGAGGAAGGGCUUGGCGCCCCAGAAACGGGCCAUCACACCAACAGAGGGUUUUCCCAAGGAACCGUGGCAUCUCUGGAGGAGUCCCCUGAGACUGACCAUCACUCUGCAGACCCCAAAGACCAUUUCGACCAAGAGGAUGGGGGUCGGACACAGAGAGUCUUGCCCGGGCCUGCCGACCUGUCCUCCUCACACACAAAGCGUUUUAAGAAAGACAGAAUCCCUUCUGGUUCUGACGCCCGCCAAGGGCCGGUGAAGACUCAGACCUCGUCAGCGUCGCAGGUUGAUGUGGCGGUUAAAAUCCACAAGAAAAUCGUGCCCCUGGCCUUUUCUAUGCGCUCUUUAGCUCAUCGGAUAAAGCAGUUACAGCAGCAAGAAGAGCAGAGAGAAGCAGCCCAGAAGUGUAGAAAGUUCAGGGCCAAGAUUUGCCCCGGAGAAAACCAGGCCGCAGAGGAGGAGCUGAGAAAGGAGAUAAGUAAAGUGAUGUUCGCCGAGAUGGAGAUCAUUGGUCAGUUUAACCUGGGAUUUAUAAUCACGAAACUGAACGCCGACAUCUUCAUAGUGGACCAGCACGCCACAGACGAGAAAUACAACUUUGAGAUGCUGCAGCAACACACUGCCCUCCAGGGUCAGAGGCUCAUAGCACCGCAGACUCUCAACUUAACGGCUGUCAAUGAAGCUAUUCUCAUAGAAAACCUGGAAAUAUUCCGAAAGAACGGCUUUGAUUUUGUCAUUGAUGAAGAGGCUCCAGUCACCGAAAGGGCUAAAUUGAUUUCCUUGCCAACGAGUAAAAACUGGACCUUCGGACCCCAGGACAUCGACGAACUGAUCUUUAUGCUGAGCGACAGCCCCGGGGUGAUGUGCCGGCCUUCCCGAGUCAGGCAGAUGUUUGCCUCCAGAGCCUGUCGGAAGUCUGUGAUGAUUGGAACUGCCCUUAGCACAAGCGAGAUGAAAAAACUCAUUACCCACAUGGGCGAGAUGGACCACCCCUGGAACUGUCCCCACGGAAGGCCAACCAUGAGACACAUUGCCAACCUGGACGUCCUUUCUCAAAGCUGACAACGCUUCCCAUUUUAUGGAACUAUACAUUUUAUUGCAGAUUUUUAUGUUUCCAAAUGCAGAGUUUUAACUAGCCAUUUUUGUUUGCAAAAAAACCUACUCUUUAAAAAAAAAAAAAGAAGAAGAAGACCAGAUCCUUAGAAGCCAUCUCGAGACUCUUUAAACUACACGGAGCAUUGCUUGCGACGUUUUUUGUUUGCCACAUUGUUUGCGCUUGAAUGUGUGUGCGUGUACAAGCAAGGACAGACAGGUCACAGAAAUAGGAAGAAUUCCUCGCAAGUCACUCUGGCCUCUGCUGCUGUGGUCUGAGCUGUUGUUGUCUGCGGCGUUCAGCCUGUAAUCUGAUUAACUUCAUAAUGGCUUAAUUUCAUAAAAUUAUGGUCUUUUUGCGUUAGUCAUUCUCAAUCCUAACGCACAUUAAAUUUAAUUUAGAAAAAAGGAAUCAAAACAAAACACAAGGGGGAGUCCCUGCCCAGCUGAAAGAAGACAGCCCAGGUGGAGCCUGGGGUCACUAUUUUUUUUUUUUAAAUGUUCCCCAGUGCUGCCCCGUUGACAAAGCAGUGUCUUAGGCAAGGGGAAAUAAAAGAUUGAUUUUUCUGUAA